AUGACCCAAUCUAAGCCCGCCAAUGGAAGUGUCGGUAGCACGAAAUCGGACAAAAGCUCCAUCAAUACAACACAAGCGUCCUCCACUUCUUCGUUACCGAAGUCGGUAGACACCGCACCAUCGACACAAUCGAGUCCGAUCUGGCUGAACCUCAAUACUGGGAAGCCACCAGCAGCGUACGCCCAGAUGAUGGACAAUGAUAACUCAUCCUGGGGGAAGCCUAAGUUGCAUUGA